ACCAUCGCUGCGUUUGUUGUUCGCCCGCUGGUUUUGCACAGCUGCCCUUCCAAGAACGACAACCCCCAAACAGAGCACCUCUUUCGGCCUCACCUUCUGCUACAUACGACUCACGACAGACGGAUGUCAUCUUCAUAGAAUCCACCUUUCGAGCCACUGGGCCCCUUUAACAGUCUACUCCGAUCCUUCCCCUCAUCCCGCUGGAGUGGCCCGAUAGAGAGGGGCAACGGAGGCAGCACACGGCACAGCACAGCAUAGCAUACCCGGACGCCCACGUAUCUACACGUAGACGCACUUUUCCGCUCGGGUCGAGAUCUGCGAUUAUCUUCUCCGCCACAUCCAUUCGCUUUCGCGGGGGGCGGGAAAUAAAACGUCCAAUAUAACAAUACACAAAGAAGGGUAGUGAUACCUUCAGAAAUAAGAAAACCUCCAGGCAAUCAAUCAAUCAGUUAAUCAAUACGGCAGAGGGCAGAGAGAGGAAGAGGAAGAUAAGGAAUACACACAUUCCACACCCAAGAUGAAUCUUCAGAGGAGAAGGUUAUUCUUUUUGCUCACCAUCCUCGGGAUAGCGUGCAUUGUGGUGGACGGAAGGCAGAUCGCUGCAAGGGCGGUGAUCCUGGAGAAACGGCAGAUUGAGACUUUCCCCGGAGAUCAGGUGACAGAGGUACGAUUUGCUACGCCAUGGAGGAUUCAGCGUUGCCGGAUGCAGAUGAACUAAAGGCUUGUGGGGUUAUAGGUUCUUACGCUGGUUGAUACGAUUUCUUCGCCUGCUAUGACAAGAGUAGAUGCCCGGCGCUCCAACUCACCAUCCCUCAAAGGAAGGAGGCUAACCGUGGGCAUCGUAUAGGCACCUGUAACCGUAACAAAAGUGUCUACAUCUCAGGGAGUCGUCUCAAAGACUUCAUCUAUUACACGUAAGAGGUAUCUUUUGAGAAAAGCGCCGGGUUGUGGUACUGAUAUAUAUAUAUAAAACUACAGCAUCCUCAAUAUCUUCAUCUCCAUCUCCAACCGCCUCUUCAAGUGCACUAUACUGCAACGCUGGGUAUACCCUCUGCGGAGCCGAACUCGGCGGUAGGUGUCGCUCUCCACCAUCUUAAUUUAUCACAUCUAAUCCCCCUCUACAGGUGGAUGCUGCAAAACCGGCUACACCUGCGCCCUAACCGGCUGCAUCCCUCCGGCGGGAACAACCACUCCAGCGUCCAGUCGAGCGUGCGCAAUUUCCAGCCAGACCCUCUGCGCUUCAUCGAUGAACUUUGGCUGCUGCGUGGUGGGACAGGAAUGUGGUUUUUCGUCUUGCACCCUAGCCGGCGGAUCUGCCGUGACCAAAGCCUCGGACGUCGACGCAAACAAUCUCAAACUUUCUGCUACGGCAACCACCGCCGCGCCAUCAACUACCACCGCAGCGCGGGAGAGCGAGAGCGAUGAGGCACCACUAUCCAAAAUCGCGAUUGGAGGAAUUGUCGGCGGGGCGGUAGUGGGUAUUAUUGCGCUGGCAUUUGCCUGGAUGUUUACGAGGAAGCACAUCAAAAAGAGGAGCAACACCGAUGCUUCGGGCGGGGUACCCACAACAAAUGUGUUUGAUCCUACGGCGACGUUAUCCGGACAGCACGGGAGUCACUCUUCGCGGUAUAGGCUCUCAAAUCCACCUGCUGCUACCACCGCCGCAGCUGCGACAAAGGUAACGGGGGGGGCCAAAAUGAGUGAGUACCACCCGCACCAUCCUGCGAAGGUAUUGGCGACCGUUCCACCAGCGCAUUCACCGCCUCUGCAGCACUCCCCGCCACCCGGUGAUCAGAGGUUCGAUUUCGGAAUUCCUCGGGUGGGUGGAGGGCAUGUAUACCAGCCCGUACCCGCAUCAGAACAGGGGCCGGUCGAAUUGGGAGCUAGUCCUGUAGAGGGGUGGGGGAUGGGUGAGUUACAAGGGGAGGGGAAUGAAGUGUACGAGGUUGAAGGGGAUGCGGGCGGACGCUCGCCGGGGGGUAAGAGGAAGAGUUGGGGUUGGGGGAGGAAUUCAGGUACUAGGUGAUGGCGGGGGGGAGCUUUUGAAUCCUGGAAGCUGGAAUGUAAAAUAGGCUUUUUCUUCCCUUUUCCCCCCUUUAAAAUACUCUCUUGUUUGUUUUGAGUUUGUGCUCUUUUUUAUCAUUGUCAUUCGGCGGGGUUUUUGUCGGUCGUUUCUCGGCUCUAUUUUUUUUAUUUUCUUCUUUUCUUCCCCUUCCCUUUCCCUUUUUCACUGAUUUUAAUCUCCUAUAGGGGUUUCUUAAGUUUCUUUAUGUAGUUGGAGCGAGCGCCUUCUCCUUCUCCAUCUUACCGUGGCUUGGAUACUGGUGGGUAGCCAAGAAGGGAUUAAAAACAAAGUAGAUACAGCAUGUAGUUAUUCUAUUCCAUUCCAUUCAAUUUU